AAACGUCUUAUUGACGUAAAGUUGUUUGAAAACUGUAAGCAACCCUUCUGGAUUAGCUCUCUCGUUUUGCCAAAAUGUCAUCAAAAGUACACCCUUUGGGAAACCAUUUUAUUAAUGGCUAUUUGCAUCCUUUAUUUGGUGCAAGCAAUGACUCAGAAAUGUUUACCCAAAUGGUCUGGAUAUCUUUCUUUUGUAUACUAAGUAUUGCCGCUAGCAUGGCUGUGUUUCCAGCUCCCUAUGGACGAUACAGCAGCUCAAAAUUUGGAUUCCUCCUCCCAAUGGUUUUUGCAUGGAUGACACAGGAAUCACCAUCUUUUAUAAUCCCCUUAGUUUUGUUGUGGAGUACUUCAGCCACCUGUUGGAGUUCUUUAGUCAAUAAGUUACUCUUGAUAGGAUUUAUCACCCAUUAUAUUCAUAGGAGUAUAAUUUAUCCUUUGUGUGUCCGAAGCAGCAACAAAACUCCCUUUGUGCCCUACAUCUCAGCUAUGUUGUUCUCCUUCUUUAAUGGCUUCAUGCAAGGGCAUUACCUGUUGAAUUAUUAUCAAUAUGAUAAUAAAUGGUUAACUUCACCUCAAUUUGUAAUAGGCUACACCAUGUUCCUUGUUGGGAUGGCCAUCAAUAUCUAUUCAGACCAGCUCCUGAUUCAUCUACGCAAACCAGGAGAGACAAGAUACAAGAUCCCUGUUGGUGGAUUGUUCAACUAUGUUACAGCAGCUAAUUACCUUGGAGAAAUAAUUGAAUGGGCUGGUUUUGCUCUUGCUUCUUGCAGUGCUCCAGCAGCUAUCUUCACCCUUUUCUCAGCAGUCUUUCUUAUCUUUAGAGCAUGGCACCAUCACAAAUACUAUCUCUUGAAAUUUGAAGACUAUCCUAAGACUAGAAAGAUAAUUUUUCCAUUUAUAUUUUAAACAUAAAAGUAAAAAAUGCUACAUUUUAAAUAUUGCAGGAGAAAUUUAUACCUCGAAUUUGUGAGUUGUGAUACUUGCACAUACCUGUUGUCUCUCUUUCCUUUAG